AUGUGGCAGAUAAUCAUUAACAUUGCCUCCCAGUCGAAGCGUGCCAUUUUCUGCGUACUAGAUGCCACCAACGAGUGUGCAGCACCAGACAGGAAGCAGCUUGUGGCCGACCUCGCAGACGCUUUCCAGAACAAAGUGCAGCCUACGUCUAGACUGAGAUUUGUCGUAUCAUCCAGGCACUACCAAGACGAGAAUCACCCCUACGCUGACUUGGUAGCGUCCAGUAGCAUCCAUCACUUAGCGAGCGAGAACGCCCGGGUCAAAUCCGACAUUCGCAAGGUCAUUCGGUUCAAGGUGAAGGAGCUAGCGCAAAAGAGACAGCUAAACCAGAGCAUCUAA